AUGGGGGAUGGAGUGAUGGGGGGAUGUGGGGAUGGAGUGAUGGGGGGGAUGUGGGGAUGGAGUGAUGGGGGGAUGUGGGGAUGUGGGGAUGGGGGGAUGGGGGGAUGGAGGAUGGGGGGAUGUGGGGAUGUGGGGAUGGGGGGAUGGAGGGAUGGGGGGAUGUGGGGAUGGAGGGAUGGGGGGAUGUGGGGAUGUGGGGAUGGGGGGAUGGAGGGAUGGGGGGAUGUGGGGAUGGAGGGAUGGGGGGAUGUGGGGAUGUGGGAUGGGAUGGGGGGAUGGAGGGAUGGGGGGAUGUGGGGAUGGAGUGAUGGGGGGAUGUGGGGAUGGGGGGAUGUGGGGAUGGGGGGAUGGAGGGAUGGGGGGAUGUGGGGAUGUGGGGAUGGGGGGAUGGAGGGAUGGGGGGAUGUGGGGAUGGAGGGAUGUGGGGAUGUGGGGAUGGAGGGAUGGGGGGAUGUGGGGAUGUGGGGAUGGGGGGAUGGAGGGAUGGGGGGAUGUGGGGAUGGAGGGAUGGGGGGAUGUGGGGAUGGGGGGGAUGUGGGGAUGUGGGAUGGGAGGAUGGGAGGAUGGGGGGAUGUGGGAUGGGAGGAUGUGGGAUGGGAGGAUGGGAGGAUGGGAGGAUGGGGGGAUGGAGGAUGGGGGGAUGUGGGAUGGGAGGAUGUGGGAUGGGAGGAUGUGGGAUGGGAAGAUGGGAGGAUGGGGGGAUGUGGGAUGGGAGGAUGUGGGAUGGGAGGAUGUGGGAUGGGAGGAUGUGGGAUGGGAGGAUGGGAGGGUGGAGGAUGGGAGGAUGGGAGGAUGUGGGAUUGGAGGAUGUGGGAUGGGAGGAUGGGGGAUGGGGGGAUGGGAGGAUGGGAGGGUGGGAGGAUGGGGGGAUGGGAGGAUGGGGGGAUGGGAGGAUGGGAGGAUGGGGGGAUGUGGGAUGGGAGGAUGUGGGAUGGAGGAUGGGAGGAUGGGAGGAUGGGGGGAUGA